AUGCUGUCUUGGACGCCGGCGCGGCCCCUCGACGGCAGUGAUCUUCCCACCGCCGGGCUCCACAGCCUGCUCACCCUGCCCUACCCCAGGCUCCACUAUAAGAAAUAUCCUCGACCUCCACUGCCUCGGCCUCGCGCCUCGCCGGAGCAGCUCUACCGUCGGCCGAAGUUGCGCAGGUCUCCAUGUUCCCCCGCUCUUCUUCCUCCCUCUGUUUAUCUCUUCCUUUUUUCUCUCAAGUCUCAACCCCCCUCUGUACUUCUCUUUGCAAGGAGGCCGCCAUGGACUUCCUCAUCGAGCCGUCGCCGGAGUUCCAAGUCCGCGCCGCUCGAAACCGUCUUCAACCUCCAUCGGCCCUUGUUCCUCCAUGCCCCGCCAAGCGCGCACCAAGCCGUCGCCGCGUCGAGCUCCACCGCCCAAGUCCGCCGUCCCGCCGCCCGCCGGACCUCCCUGGCUGUCUUCCUCCACUGCAUCCCGUCGCUCCUCGAACGCACCAAGUCCCCCUGCAUCAAGCACCGCCCUCGCCCAGACGCAUCGAGCGUUGGUGCUCUUUUGCCUCAUCGGGUGGAUGACACCCAGCGCACUCACGCGCGUGGGGUCAAGGGCGUUGACCGCGCCCCUGCCUGGGAAGAUCGCCAGCGCCUCUCGGCUCGAUCCCCUGCUCUACCGCUCGCAUGCAGCCUGAGCUCCGGCGAGGUUGAUCUGGACGGCUCGGCAGCGUCACCGGCGGUAGUAACUCUAAUAGGCCACUACACUUUCCAAAUUCCAAUGCUCGCGUGUUGGUCGUUCCCAAGUUUUCACUACCCUGAGCCUUCGAGUACAAGAGGCUGCUGCUUGACUAUAACAGCGAACACGACCAACAAGCUCCGCCAGCGCGAGGCAAGCGACGACAUGCUCGGUUACCCCCACCUGUGAGUCGCGCUCCCCCUGCCCAGCCGCCCCUCCGUGAGUCGCUCUAGAUUCGGGAUCACUGCUAGAUCCUCGGCACUAGAAACGAUCAGAUAUUCAGAUGAUAUGUUAGUUUCUGUGGUUUCUGAUAGGCCCGCUGCAUCUGUUGGCGUUAACCAUUUCCUAUGUGGUUCUGUGUGGAACCCUUCCUAAUUUGUUUGCAGCCCUUCCUAAUUUUUUGUUUUUGUUCUAUUUGGAAAUGGAUGCAGCAGGUGCUCUGCUCUUGCACACGUCUGGCACCGUCUCUAGCGCGGUGGUGCUUCUUGAGGCGACCGGCGUGAUGGUGGCUGUGUACGGCGGCGACCACAAGCUCUUCGGUGAGUCGGCUCCAUCUUCUAGCCCUAGCUCCCUAUUUUCUGCUCCUAUAGCACGCUCUGUUGGUUUAGAACACUAGCAGCAGUAGCCUACCGUGUAUACACACUAAACAGCAGGAGCUCAAUCACCUUGUGUACACUAGCAGCUUGCUUACACACUUGUCGCUUUUGCUUGUGGUAGCCAUUACGUAGCUGAAUCAUGUCCGUGUCUACUAAUCAUCAGUUCAUAGUAUUUGGCUUCUGUGUGAUUGUCUGCGACUAUUUUAUGGUGAUGUGGAUAUACUUUCUGAUUUAAAGUUACUAAUAUUUUUUGUUUUGAUUCUUUCUUUGGUGCGAGGAAAGCUGUGAGUAGACGUCAACGAUGCCUACUUGCUUGGCUGCUACAGUGAUGCAUGCGCCGGUCAAGCAAGCACACAUGCAUAUACGUGCAUGUUAGGAUAGUAGCAGAUGUGCCAUAAUUCCUGUGUAAGGAAAUGUAUUCCUGAGAUGAUUUUGUUAUGUUAUCUAAACCUGGGAGAUGCGUUAUGUGAUGUGAUAUGAUGGAUGAUCUGAAUUCGACAUUGAGUUUUCCUGAUUUGAAUAUGAAA